AUUUUGGCUGCGAACGCCGUCUAUGCCCCAUGGCGCCGAUCAGGAAUCGAGUUGCAGAGGCGACGGUUUGAAAACGUUGCCAAUCUCAGAAACUGCCACUGCUAAUCGACCUGGUCUGUGGACACUGACCGACCCGUUUCUUGACCACUGUCCAAACUCUAUAAUUACUCCGCUGCCCCAAGUUUCGAGGCCUCAACCGCAUCUGUUCAAUCGGCAUCUGUCUUUUGUUUUUUAGCAGCCUUGUAAUACUCUCGUUUUCUUCCCACUGGUUUGGGCUGCACUACAUUCACUUAAUCAACAUUGCUGAGCAAUUACCUUUUUACCGACACACUGUGUAAUACUUUCUUUUCAGAGCCAGACUCGAUUACGACGAACAGACAUCCCUAGUGGACACGACUCAACGACUCCUACUACCAAGUACAACUAUCAUCAACAAGAACAGCAACAUACUAUCACCCCAUCAACACACUAUUGUCAUCAUGAUGCACCAUCAGCCCCAGAUUCUCUCUCCUCUCCCAGAGAUGAACUCGCAAUCCCCUGACCCUUCCAGCCUCCGUGCUCGCAAGAUGUCAGCCGGUGGUAACAGGUCUUGGUCUGAAGAAGAGGAAACCUACCUUCUCCAGACUCGCAUGCAAAAGAUGCCCUACAAGCACAUUGCAGCACAUCUCAAGAAGACCGAGCUUGCAUGCCGCCUGCACUACCACCAGCUCUCGCACGGUAGCCAUCGCCGCAAGCGUACCAACUCCGUCUCCUCCAACGCUUCAUGCAGCUCGUCUGGUACUGCUCCAAUCUACUCUAUGGCUGUCGAACAGGAUGCCUACUCUCAAUCUUCUCGCCACAGCUCGCCUAUGAGCUACUCUGGCAGUCCCCAUGUUCGCGCCAACUCCAUCACCACCUCCCCAGGCCGAUCUCAGCACAAGAUCCUUCUUCCCAAGCCUCGCACCCUCACUCCCCGUGGUUCUCCAGAGCCAUUCAACGGUCUCCGCAUCAACACCGAGGUAGCCCAUCAGCCCAAGAUUGUCGACACUGACCGCCUCCGCUCCAUCUACGAAGCCCGCCGUCAGCAGUUCUGGGCUAUGGUCGCCGCCGACUACGGUGCGGAUGUUUCCCCCGCUCAGCUCGAGGAGAUCUGGCGCAACGGCUCCAACGCCGUUCGCCCUCCUACUCCCGAUGCCUCGCCCGAUGGUAGCAUCAUGCACAACCCCAUGUUCAAGCCCAACCCCUUCCCGACUUACAUCUCGCCGGCACAGAGCGAGCCAGCGAAGCACUACAGCCCCAUGAACCCAAUGGAUAUUAGCGCUGUUUCGGCUCCAGAGCGUAUGCCGUAUGUGCUGCCAAUGCCUGUCCCUUCCUCAGGCCGCGCGAGGGCUGGUACUUGGAGCUCGGCGCCGAGGGACAACAUGCCAAUUGCUAGCCUCCUCAAUGAUGAUAGGAAAUAGAUAUUAUUUCGUCAAAUUCCUGUACUUGUUGAAAUCUUUCCAUGGGCUUUGGGAUCGGUAUGGCACAGGCAAUGACUUUCUCCACUUCU